AUCUAACUCAAGAGAUGCUGAAUCAUGAACCAAUUGAUUUGCGCCACUGAAUGGAUGUACGGCUGCAUCUUCACCCAUGAUGCUCCGUUAAAUGAUGCUGGUUGUCAGGACUCAGCCAUCUAUGUACUGUAGCCUCGGGAUAUUUGUGAUCUUCGGCUGUUGCAGGAUAACUUCAAGCUUAGAAAGUACGCUGGUGCGGAAAGGGAGGCCCAUUGAAUCCAAUUACCAGCCCAUUCUAGGGCACUGCUCGCUUUUGAAAAGACAAAUGCUUUCAACUUUGCGUCCCAGAUAAUUUGUGUCCACUUUUCAAUGAUUGAGACGUGUCUGUAAGUGGAGGUCGCUCAAUUUGCAGGCUGU